CUGCCAGCGGCAUCCCGGUACGUACUCCUUAUCAAGACUUUUCCCGCUCAUUCAUGGACUUGACUUUCCGACAAGCAGAAAUCCAAUUACGUAUUAGCAGUGCCGUCUCGCACAACUGCAACAACCAACAUCACGAUUGGGCUGAGUGGAUACCCCGAAGCAUAUGACCCAAUUCGCCGCUCUGCUUCCUCUAAACUAGCUUCUCAGGACGUUUCUAACCUAGCACAAUUGUUAAAAGACGCCUUUUACAGUCAGGAAUGACCUGCCAGAGGGACCCCUGAAACCCGCCGACCACCUUUCAACACGCACCGGUAGGGCCAGCGAUGGAUUCUCCUUUUCCAAAGUCCUCUUCAGCGGCCGGCGAGGGCGAGAUCAUAGCCCGAGUGCUGCCGAACGGCCUGUCUGGUCUCAAAGCCAUGUCGUACCAGUACCCUCUGAAACUCAUCUCUCCCACGCCGGCAGCCGACCAGAGGAGCGUUUUAGUAUUCUUAUUGUCGUACGGCGGCGGACUGGUUGGAGGGGAUAGCAUCAAUCUAUCCAUACGCGCUCUGCCAGAGUCAAAGCUCAGCGUUGUCACCCAGGGCCAUACAAAAAUAUUCAAGUCCGCAUCCCCCGACAUAGUCACGCGACAGACACUCGAGGUCUAUAUCGAAGACAACGCCGGUAUCUGUCAGCUGCCGGACCCAGUACAGCCCUUCGAUGGGAGCGUCUAUGAACAGACGCAAAUAUUCACAGCCUCCCCCAGCGCAUCUCUGUGUCUAUUGGACUGGGUGACGCAGGGAAGAACGGCACGCGGCGAGGACUGGAGUUUUGUCAAGUGGACAGGGCGCAACGAAGUCUGGUUGUCGGGGGAAACUCCGGGGAGCAAGAACCGCCUGCUUGUGCGGGACACGGUCAUCUUGGACAGAAAUAGCCAAGGGUUAGUUGGCAGGUCCUUGAGAGACUCCAUGCACGGGAGUGGGCUUUUUGGGACGUUGAUUCUUCGAGGGCCGCAAAUGCACGCGCUGGGGAACUUCUUUCUUGAAGAAUUUGGGGUCUUGCCGCGGCUUGGUGCGAGGGAUUUCAGAUCGGCAGAGGCCAAAGCCAAGGAGGAGAGCAGUCUGACAGAGGACGAGUUGUGGCGGAUGAAGCGCAUAGAGAUGGAGGCCAAGGAUGGCAUCUUAUGGUCCGCAGCGAGGGUCAGGACCUGUGUCAUUGUGAAAUUUGGAGCGAGUACAGUUGAGGCUGGGAGGCUGUGGAUUGGCAACAUGCUAAAUCGAGAGGGCAGCGUCGCAAGACUAUACGGUGAGCAGUCACUGAUGUGUGUGAAAUGAGAUACCCGAGAUCUUCACACUAUUACGCUACAAGUGCAUACCAAUACGCCUCUCGGAACGCUGAGAAUCAUCAAGGGAAAACACGACACCGCAUGUUCAAAUGAAUUUUCCUUCCGAGACCGACUGAGCAUGCUUAAUACAAGUGAAGACUCAGUGGUACCUAUCUUCAGUGAACGUCGAGGGCGGUGAGCCAAUGUACACAGACAGGUAAUUACCUA